GAACACAAUGAGUCAAUUGCAUCAGCUGUUUUCCUUGUCAUAAAAGAGCGCCAAAAUUACCCAAUCCGACUCAUGUACUCUUAUCGCGACAGUAGCCCCCUCGAUGCACCGGCGAGCAGUCAUGUUUCGACACCUCCUCCUCAUAACAUCAAUUUCUACAGCUCUUGCAGGACCUUUGCCUCCUGCUGCAAGGUGGAACGAGUCAAACAUGCUUCCUGACGAAGAAGGAUCAUUGGCAAAGAAAGUCUUCAGAGACAUCAUGAAGCCAGCUUGCCUGUUUAACUUUACUUCAAUCAUCUCCAACUUCAGUCAUCAAAAUGAUUCGCAGAAUGACCCGGUAGACGUUUUAAAAGAAUCAACACACGAUGAUAUGAAGAAUGGUCCGUCAAUGUACCCAUUGGAAUGGAUAAUUUAUGGUGCUGUUAUCUUAACUUCUAUCAUAGGAAUCUUGAGUUCGGUGAAAGAACAAAUCAGAACAAAAAUAAGGAGAAGAUACCUUGAAAGCAAACCACUAGAAAAGUAUUGAAUGAAACGAAAUCUUGGAUUUUAUUUAACGAUUUUUGUUUUUAUUAUAUACAAUCAGACAAUAAUGAUGAUCUAUAUAUAAUUUAUUAUAAUUUAUUUAUUUAUUAUUGGAAUGCCUCUAACGCAAAUGAUUAUAGGCAUUUCGUAUCUUUUUUAGGCUUUAUUGUAAAACGUGAUCUUUAGUAGAUAAUAUUUGCAUGUUUAUAUUCUUUGAAGAUCAGGAUUGUUUACCAAUGACAAUCUCUAUAUAGUUAUAUAUUUAUUUCAUAUCUUAUUUUAAACAGUGAAAUUUUCGGUGACCCAUAUAAAAAUGAAAAUGAAACCUCCAUCCUUGUUUCAACACCAGUUCAUUAAGUAAAACUAAAGUAGGCGAAGAGAACCAAAAUUCAUAAAAUAGUAAUAUACCUAUCUCCAUAAAAAGUAACAAUAAAAAAAUUAAAUCCACAACAUACAUACAAAAACUGACACUUUAACUUAAAAAAUAUAGACAGACGUUUCGAAUUGGAUCUCAAACCCCCAGGAAGCCUAAACGAUUUAUAAUUUAAAUUUAUACAAAUUUUAAUCUAAAGGAAUUUUAGAUAUAAUAUGAGUUGAAGAAUUUAUAGUGUUCCAAUUAUUUAUAUUUUUUAAAAGGAAAACUAAGCGAUAAAUGUUAUAUGGCAUUAUAUGAUAAUAGUUGCAUGACGAUUAGAAAAUAAAUAACUAAUUUUAAUAAUAAAUAUAUAUUUAAUUACAGUCAUUAGUAAAAAAUCCUGAUUUUCAAACCUGAUUUUUAUUAUUUAUUCUAUUAGUAAUUUAGGCUAGUUUUAUAAUAUUUUUGUAUU